AUGGCACCAACAAAGAAGUCUGCUAAGUCGUCAUCGUCCAGUACAGCUCCGAGGAAAAUAGAUGUCUACAACUCGACGUCCACGGGCCACCAGGUCGGCGACGGCGUGUCCAAGCCCGCCGCGUACCAGCGGUACCGGGCGGCGAAGCUGCAGGCCCAGUUUGGCCAAGGUGGUGCUGGCGGGGGCAGCGGCGCCGGCGGGCAGGCGAAGCUGUGGAGGUAUUUGGCGAGUGCGAAGGCUGCUGGUACUGGGAAACAGAAGAUGGUGUUAGAGACGGUGGUGAAUAGUAGAGAUGCUACUGUUACUGCUAGAGAUACUACUACUACUAGUAGUAAAGAUACUACAAAGACUACUGUUAGUAGAGAUACCGCUACUACUAAGGAUAUCACUACUGCUACUGCCAGUAGUAAAGAUACUACACCUACUGCUAUUAGUAGAGAUACUGCUGCCACUGGAGAUACUGCUACUGCCAAAGAUACUAUCAAGGAUACUGCUACUGCUACUGGUAGCCCUGCCACUGCUACUGGAUCUCUAAAAACCUCCAAAGCAGAAGAAAAAGCACCAGCUACGAGCCCUACCACUGCUAGAGAUAUUACUAGAGAUACUGCCACUACUACAACCACCCAGUCUCCCAAACCCCCCAAAGAGGAAGAGGAAGAAAAAGCGGUAAUAGAUACCAGCUCUACCACUACCACUCCCGCUACCACCACCAUCUCUCCCAAAACCAAAACCAAAACCAAAACCCCAAAAGCAGAAGACACCACCACCCCCACCCCCACCACCACCGCCCCCCCGCCGCCGCCAAAACAGUUCUUCCACCCGCUCACAAUCCACAUCUCCGGCGCCACAACCCCGCACAUCUCCGACCACGCCUUGAAGCACCUGCUCGCGCGCCACGGCGCCCGCAUCGCGCCGUCAAUCGCCCAGCGGUCCACAACCCACGUCAUUAUCGGCGGCGGCGCCGGUGCCGGCGGGUUGCUCGCCGCCGGGAAGUUGCAGAAGGAGGUGGCGAGGAGGAGGGGGAAUGUCAGGGCGCUGGAUAGUGUCAAGGCGGGGAGGAGACUGCCGGAGGGGCGGUAUGCGGUGGGGGUGAAGGCGCGGGGGCAGAGGAGUGUUGGGGAGGUGUUUGCGGUGAAGAAGGAUUUGGAGGCGGAGGGCUCUGGUGGGAGAGAUUUGGAAGAUAAGGAGGCGGAGGGUUCUGCUGAGAAGCCUUGA